AUGUCUCCAGAUGUGCGGCUAUGCCUCCCCUGGGCAUUUAGUCUGAUCCUUCUGUUCACCACCGUAUCUCAGGCAUUCUAUAUCCCAGAGAUCCCUGACGCUUUCCAAGGCUACUCGAUACGCAGCUACCGCGACGAUGAGAAUGUCCCUUUGCUCGUGAACAAGGUCUACUCCGACAGCAGCCCUCUGCAGUAUGCUUACUUUGACCUCCCCUUCGUCUGCCCUCCCACUGGCCACAAACAUCAUGGCUCGUCUUUCGCGAGCGGCCACAGCAUUCCCCUCAACCUAGGAGAGGUGCUUCGAGGUGAUCGAAUCAAGACCUCGGACCUCGAGAUCAACAUGGGCCAAGAUGUCGAGUGUCAAUAUCUGUGUGAUCGAGUAGUAGGUCGCAACGAGAUGCAGUGGGCACAACAGCUGAUCGAAGGCGGCUAUGUCACCGAAUGGAUCCUCGACAAUCUUCCCGGUGCUACUUCUUUUGUCACCCCUGAUCGAGCUCGAAAAUACUACGCUGCCGGCUUCAAGAUGGGUUACAAAGCACUCGACAUGGCCUCAGGAAAGGAAAGAUUCUAUUUGAACAACCAUUACACUCUUGUCGUCCGUUGGCGUACCGCUCCCGGUCGAGCUGGUAAUAAUGGAGGCAAAGUCAUUGUAGGUUUUGAGGUGUAUGCGAAAAGUAUCUAUGGAGCUCAUCGCAACGAAACUGGAUGUCCUCUCGACGUGUCCGGCGACAACGAACCUUUAUGUCUUUACAUGCCAUCUAAUAACGGGGUUUUGAAGGCGCAGUACGCAGAUUCGUCGUAUGUCCCCGAAGAGGUGGUAGACAUGAACGACGGUGCGACUAUGACUAUCCCCUAUACUUACUCGGUCUACUUCCGGGAGACCAAUGACGUUGAAUGGGCCAACCGUUGGGAUCUCUACUUCAACGAUCAAUCGGAGAGCACGUUUACCCAUUGGCUGGCGAUCAUGAACUCUUUGAUCAUAUCCGGAAUCCUUGGCGCUGUCUGCAUCGUGAUCUGGGGUCGAACCACGCAAGGAGACGUCAAGGGCAGAGGUGACGGUGUACUCGAGGAGGCACGGUUGCGCAUCGUCAAACGCGUGGAAAAGAAGAACUUUGGAGCUGGUCUUCUUGAGAAAAUUGCCGAGACUGGACCAGACGAUGAUAUGUCUUCAGAUGAGGAACCCAUGGAGGAGAUCAGCGGGUGGAAACUCCUGCAUGGGGAUGUCUUUAGACCUCCACCAUAUGGUGGACUACUUGCUCCUCUGGUCGGAUCCGGAAUGCAACUCGUCUUUAUGGUCGCUGGUCUCUUGACGCUCAGUUGUAUCGGAGUGUUGAACCCGAGCUGGAGAGGAGGAUUUUUGAGUGUCGGGGUCGGCUUGUUUGUAUUCGCUGGCGGGUUCUCCGGAUACUUCUCAGCACGCGUGUACAAGACAUUUGGGGGCCAGAACUGGCGUAAGAACACCAUGAUGACCGCUCUUCUCUUUCCGGGCCUUCUCUUUACUCUGGUGUUUGUGCUCAACCUGUUCACAUGGGCUCAGGCAUCGUCGACAGCACUCCCAUUCUCUACGCUGCUGGCCCUAGCCUGCUUAUGGCUUCUGAUUCAACUUCCUCUGGUCCAUUUGGGCUCGUUUUAUGGCUUCCACCGCUCCCCAGCUUGGGAGCAUCCAACACGAACGAACACGAUCCCACGUCAGAUCCCUCCGCAAGCGUGGUACCGGAGACACCAGAUUACGCUGGCACUCAGCGCGGGACUGGUGUCGUUCGCGGUGUUGUUUAUUGAACUCAUUUUCGUCUUCAAGUCACUCUAUCUGGACAAAUCGUCCUACUAUUACGUGUUCGGAUUUUUGAGCAUUAUAUGUGCUCUGUUGACCAUCACCAUUGCCGAAACGGUGAUCAUUACAACCUACAUACAACUUUGCGCGGAGAACUACCACUGGUGGUGGCAAUCAUUUUUCGUCGGGGGAGCGUCGGGGUUCUGGAUUUUUGUUUAUUCGGCAUGGUAUUAUACGACGCGACUCCACAUUGAAGGCUUCGUGAGUAGCCUCUUGUUUUUCAGUUACAGUGCGCUGGCAUGUGCCGUUUAUACCCUGGCGACGGGUACUGUCGGGUUUCUGACAGCCUACAUAUUCAUUCGAAGAAUAUAUGGAGGAGUCAAGGUUGAUUGA